AUGGCAGAAAGAUUAGUUAUAGCACUUGGAAUGGCGGCUAGUGCAUUUAUCAUGGGUUUAUCAGUGAUUGCUGUGAUCUUUCUCUUUAGUAAUAUCAAUGAUUUGUACAGUGAUGUUAUCAUUGAAAUGACUGACUUUAAGGAAAUAGCAGAUGAUACAUGGAGUAAAAUUCUAUCUGUUCGAUCAAAUGAACUUCAUAAUGAAAACAAAUAUGAGCGCAAUUUCGAGAGUCUUGUUUUGCGAGCUAAACGACAGUUCCCAGCACAUUGUCAAUGUAGCGCAUCGUCUGAUCGAUGUCCAAAAGGUCCUCCUGGUCCUCAAGGUGAUCCAGGAUUGAAAGGUCUUGAUGGAGCAAAUGGUGAUGAUGGACGUCCAGGUGUUAAUGGUGUUGCACUUUUGGCUACUUUCCAUAUUCCUGGUGGUUGUAUCAAUUGUCCAGCAGGACCACCAGGACCACCUGGUGAACCUGGUCUUCCAGGUGGUAUUGGUGUACCGGGUGACUGUGCAAAAAGAGGACCAGAUGGCAAACCUGGACAACCUGGAAAAGCUGGACCACCAGGUAUGCCAGGUGAUCAAGGACCAGAUGGUCCUCCUGGUAAACCUGGUCCACCUGGAAAAGAUGGUAAGCGUGGUGUUGGACCAGUUGGACCAAAAGGUCCUAAAGGACCUCCAGGGCCAGCUGGUGAACCUGGAAUAAAUGGUGCAGAAGGAAGUGAUGGAGAACCUGGUGAACAGGGACCACAAGGUGCAGCUGGUAAGGAUGGAAAAUCUGGCAAAGAUGGCAAAACUGGAACGCCAGGUAGCACAGGUAUGCCAGGACCAGAUGCUCAUUACUGUCCAUGCCCACGACAUGGAAAAUAUGCUGCUCGAUCAUAA